AUUAUAUACAAUAUAAUUAUAUACAAUAUUAAAUAGAAAAAGUAAUUAUUUGGAUUAACAAAAUUUAUUUAUGUGUUCACAUUAAUUUAAUUAUAUAUGUAAUAGUUACUGUUUAAUUAUUUAAUAUAUAUUUAUUAUAUAUAAAUAUGUGAAAAAAAUAUAAUACAUAAAAAUAAUAUAUAUAAUGUUCGUCUCGCGCAAGACUCGGAUAUUAACCUAGUACAAACUAUAAAACAAACACGUUUGAAUACACAUUUAAAUGCUGUAUUUAGAUAUUGUACGUCGAUGGUACAUCCAAAUAUAAUAGCAAAUAUGACAUAUGUGUAUUGGAAAGCUGAACCAAAACAUGAUUUGGAGAAAUGAAGGAAAUGCAGUACCAUUGAGUUAGGAUUCUUUUAGGCUUCGGACCAUAUUCCCUUCAGUUUAACACAUGAAACACAAUUUAAUCCGCAUAGAUUUCAGAAAAUAUGAAAUUAUUUGUGAAAAAUAAAUUAAACUAUAGAUGAAAAUUUGGGUAAAAUUUGUAAGUUUGGGUGGUUAAAUGAUCAAAUUAAGAGUUUGGAGGAAAAUAGACUGAGAAUUAAAAGUUGAGAGGUUUAAGUCUAAAUCUGAGGUGAAUAAGAACAAAAAAAAAAGAAAGAAAGAAAUAAUCACCAAAGUUGCGAUUAGAAAAGCCCUAGUGUCGGUUUCAUAAUCUCUCUGGACGAGUUUGCUAGCAAUUAGGUGAGAUCGGAAAAAUGUACGAUGUUAUGCUGGAUGAGGCCAAGCUAUGGCUGGAUGAACGGAAGGUGGAAUCGUCUUCUCCGCCUGCACCACCAGUAAAAGAAGAUUCUGGCUACGACUACUAUUAUUCUUCAGCCGACGACGAGAUGGAUCCGGUGGAAAAGGCCAAGUAUCUUCAGCAAGUUAGGGAUUCUGAUGGUUUCGACGUUGAUUUUUUCUAUCAUCCAUUUGGUGGGAUAAUGCCCUGUGGAUGUAAUGACUCCGACACACCCUUGGCUAAGCUGUUACAAUAUGGGACAAAUUUACAAUUCAGGAGUGUAGAGAAAGUUAACGCAGAAGCAGUUUCAUUUGUCAAUUACUAUAUUACUUUGGAGGCCGUGGAUCCAGACAACAACAAUUCACUUCUGUCUUCUUUUGAAUAUGAGUUAAUCAUUUUAGAGAAACGUUACAGAAGCAGAACGUUACCCAUGGCUAUGGGACCAGAUGCUGUAGAUGAAUUCUACACAGGUAAGAUGCCCAAUUGGCUACAGGAUGAUGAUGAUGCACUUAUCGGAGUUAAUAAGCUUCAGUUCCAUGUGGUGAAGGACUCAGAACUGCAGGAUAACGAAUGGCUUAAUCUUUACGCUGAAAUUGCAUUGUCCUCAGAGCGGCCCGACAUGGAAACUUAUUUGCCGUUGGAGGUGAAGAAAGUAGUGGUGCGUACAAAGGAAGAUGUGGAGCCGAGUAUGAAGCUGAAGUCGAGUAAUGCAAUCUUCUACACGAUUUUCAAAACCCACAGGGGUCAUGAGUGCAAAGCUAUAAUAAGGCAAACAAUGGAUGGUAUACAAGGGCACAUGUGCCUUGAAGUUACAUGCAUGUUGGGAAAGUAGUGUGAUGCUGAGAUCUAGAAAGAGAUGUUGUCAUCCUCUCCUGUUUUUAAUGUAUUUGAUCUUUUCAUAUUUAAGUUACUAUUAUUGUGUAUGACUAAAGCAGCUAACUUAGCUAAAAUAUAUACUAACUUAUUUGAUACAAAUUUGUUUCAAAUUUAUAUGUCAUAUAUAUUUAUACUAUGAUGAUAUAUUGAAGUCGUUGAUAUACGUACUUAAUAGAACAUGAAAUAUUGAGAAAGAAUAACACGUAUACAAUUCUCAAUCCAUGGAUCAAUCUCGAUGGCAGUGACUUGAGAUUCGUUGGGAAGUUGAUUAUAAAGAGUUUUAUCCUUCGCCCGUUCUUGAGAUUCAUUUGGGUUCGAACAUGUCUUCAAUAAACUUAAUCUUUGAAUAUAUAUAUAUAUAUAUAUGCAUAUGCUGCAAAUGAUAGUAGAAAGUUUUUUAUGUACAGAUCAAUGCAUUUGUGGCAUAUAAGCCUAGAACGAAUAAUGAUUAAACAAGGACAUAUAUUGAAAGUCAUGUAUCAAAAUCGUUAGAACUUUCGAUAGUCAUCAACGUGGGCUAUAUGCUGAAGACAAUGUAGAUGUGUAUCUCCUGUGUUAUUGUGUUCUAUUUGCCAAAGUGCAUGCCGGAAAGGAAUCUUGAUUGUACGUGUGAGUUAAACGCCGGAGUAGAAUAUUUAAAAGCAUUCAAUAAGUUCAGUAUUUAAUGUUUCACUUGAGUUCAUCUUGUCGAAAUAGGAGUACUAUUUUCGUCUUCUAAGACUAGGUCGGACUUUUUUGGGUUCGCAUGAUUCGUCAAUGUUUUUGAGUGAUCUCCUGUUAACCAGCUUGAGAUGUAUAUUUGGCACUGAUGAUAUUUCUAAGGGAAUUUUUUUUUGACUAAUAUUUCUAAGGGUUCUUCUAUCAUUUGAUAGUGUUCUGGAUUUACAUACCCCAUAAAGUUGUUUGUGUUGGUUAAUGCCCAUAAGCUUUUUACAUACUGUUGCCAAAUAUAAAGAAGUUUACAGGUUGACAAGUCCAAGUGGACGUGAAUUUUGGUGACUAUAAUAGUAAAUGGUGUUUUACGACUUAUGAGUAAAACAAUCUAUUCAAUGUUCAUAACUAAAGUCCCGAUGGUUAAUCAAUAUGAAUACAUUUCGUAAUUAAUACUACGUUAAAAAGUUUAUGCUGAAUCAGUGCAAGUUAAGUCACGUAUUUGGUGUAUGUACCAGGUAGUUGAGUAGAUAUAACUAUAACAUCGGUACUAAACAGAAUUUGCAUGUUAUUAUAUUAAAUUUUUGAAAACAACAUGAAGUCUCUAUAAUGUGAUACUCGAGUAUGUUCUUGUUUCAAUGAAGAAGGCGGCUACAAAACAAAUAGGAUGAUAUUGAUAAAUGGAAUGUCUCCCAAACCAAGAAAAUAAAGAAGACUAGUUUUGUCCACGAAGUUGUAACUUAACCAUAAGAAAAUGUGGAGACAAGCUGUGAUUUAUGCUUUAUGGCAUGAGAGAAAUGUAAGAAGAGUGGGGGAUCUUUUUCAGCCCGCGAAUUGUUUGAUUGCAAGAUUAAUUAAGCUGGUUAAAAACAGAGUCACGUCUUUGAGAAGAAGAUCAAAUGGGAAGUAUGAGAAGGUUAUGGAAAUGUGGUUUGAAAAAAAACAAUUUAAGUCCAUUUAGAUUAUGAGUAAUACUUUUUUUUUUUUUGAAAAAAUGAUUAUGAGUAAUACUUUGUAGAAAAGAAGCAGAAACUUUUCUGUAAUUAAAAUUUUUUAGAUGAAUAAAAUUUUAACAUUCUUUCAAAAAAAAAUGUGGAGCUAAACAAUUUUAAUAUUGGAUGGAUACUCCAUGAGAUCUGUAGUGCGAUCCAGAAGAAGGUUGAGAAUUGAGAUAGUUGUUAA